UCAGAAGAAAAAUCAUUUGAAUUUAUUCGUUUACAAAUAUUUAUAUUCUAUCUUAUUGUUCAUAAAAUAGAUCUUUAUCGAAACGAAGUGAAAAAAAAUGAGUGUAACCAAUCAAAACGUUAAAUCGGAUAUGGCCAUUUGUCAGAAAUAUGAUCGUUUCAUUGCAAAUGCUAUCAUGAAUACCGGUAUUGGUAUUGCAGCCGGUUCAUUAGCAUCGUUAAUUCUAUUCAAACGACGUGUAUGGCCAAUCCAUUAUGGUAUCGGUAUUGCAUUCGGUUAUUCAUUGAAAGAUUUUGAAAUUUGUCUCAAUCAAAGAAAAUGAAAAAUCGGCCAUCCAACAACAUAACCACACACACACACACAA